CCAACCAUCAGAUAUCAAACCCAAAUUUUUUCCAAUUUGGCAGCACUUUACCUUCCAUUUUUCUUUCCGUUCUGCAAUCAGAAACGUCAAGAUGGCUGAGGUCGAAGAAACUCUCAAGAAGAAGCGUACCUUCAAAAAGUUCACCUACCGCGGUGUGGACCUCGACCAACUGUUGGACAUGCCCAACAACCAGCUGGUUGAACUGAUGCACAGCCGUGCACGCAGGCGAUUCUCUCGUGGUCUGAAACGCAAACCCAUGGCACUGAUCAAGAAAUUGCGCAAGGCCAAGAAGGAGGCUCCUCCAAAUGAGAAACCAGAAAUUGUGAAGACUCACUUAAGAAACAUGAUCAUUGUUCCCGAGAUGACUGGUUCCAUCAUCGGUGUAUACAACGGCAAAGAUUUCACGCAGGUGGAAAUCAAGCCUGAAAUGAUUGGUCACUACUUGGGAGAAUUCUCACUGACAUACAAACCCGUUAAGCACGGUAGGCCCGGUAUUGGUGCCACCCACAGCUCCAGAUUUAUUCCACUUAAGUAAACGGGACAGGGCAAAGGAACAUUACGAACAGCUCUCAUCAAUGCAUAUUGCAUUGCCUUGUUAAAAAGUUUUUGUGGCUGUAAAUGUUAGAAAUAAAGGGAGACUUCGUUUUAUAAGGAUUAA